AACGAUAUACUAAUCCAUACAUAAAUAAAAAAAAUGCAGACGACAUUGAAAUUGAACCAGAAUCUCAUUCUCCCUUCUUUCCAUUCAAUUAUCAGAAUCAAAGACGACGGCGGAUCCCUCUUGCGCUUGCGCAUGUUGAAGCUAAGGCGCUUAAAUCCGUCAAUAUAUCAUCAUCAAAAUCGAGGUCAAAAUACUCAACACAAUCAUCAUAUAAAGCCAGUAACAAUAUUUGCUCAAACAACAACGUCAAUGGCUGACACAAAUAAGGAGGUUGAGAGGAUAGAGAAACAACCUCCGGCGCCACCAGAUACGGCGGCGGAGAAGAAGAAAAAACAAUUGCCGCCGCCGCCGGAGAAGCCAGAGGCGGGGGAUUGCUGUGGAAGUGGUUGUGUUCGAUGCGUGUGGGAUAUUUACUACGAUGAGCUCGACGCUUAUGAUGAGCUGUUAAAGGAAUUCAACCAAUCUCCUGAUUCUGUAUAAUUGCUAGAGUAGUAUUAUUUCUUUGCCUCGAUUGGAUCCUAAUUUUAUUACUGCUUUUUUAAAGAUUCUCUUUCUCUAUUCAGAUUUCAGUCUUGUGAUAUUGUCAUUGUAUUUUACAUCCCCAAGCUGGAUGUAAUUUUUGCUAAUGUAAUUACUCUUUCACUCAUACGACCUGUUUGGUAGUCGUUAAUAAAUUGUGGUUUAUGAAUGAAUUUUAUGUCUAA